AUGGCGACGGCACUUGCUAUCGUUGAGAGCUGGUGCAGGGAAACUGACCUCUCGGUGAAUCCCGCCAAGACCACAGUCCUAGUCUUCAUAAGAAAAUACAAGCCAGAGAUGAUCAGACCCUUAAUACUGAACGGCUCGGUAGUAAACUACUCCAACAAAGUUAAGUAUCUGAGAAAGGGCCAUUCGGAAAAGCUGGGGGCUAAACCCCAGAAUGACACUGUGGCUCUAUCAGAUGGUACUGUUACCAAGGCUAAUGUAUGCUGCGGUAGUCUGGUGGCCAAGUGCAGGAAUGGUGGAAACAAGGAACCUGUUGCAAGGCCUACGGGUAACUUUCCUGAGGGUCGUGGCGGGGGCCAUGAAGACCACACCUACCGAGGCGCUAGAAAUAGCACUCAGUAUCCUGCCUUUGGACCUCAGAGCCAAGGUCAUACCCAACUUGGCUUGAUUAAUGCAAAUCCCUUCACGGACAAGUCCGAGAGGAUUCAGAGAAAAUAUCAAAUUAACAAAGCCUUCAAAACUAGAAUACCAUCCAGAGAGGAGUGGCUAGAUUCAAAACUUAAACCAGCACCCAAGGAGGAUUACUGGUUUACCGAUGGAUUUGGCUACACUGAACGCUUUGGGGCGGGGAUCUAUCGAUUGAAGGAUGGCUUUGGGGAAAGCUUCCCCCUGGGCCAGCAUGCAACAGUCUUUCAAGCCGAGGUGUUAGGCAUAGCCAAGUAUGCCGAGCCCCUGAUAGCAAAAGAGACGGAAGGGAUGAAAAUCUUCAUCUGCAGGGACAGCCAGGCGGCCAUAAAAGCACUGGAAGAAAGCCACUACUAA